GGCCAUGCUACCUCCCAUGACAUAGCAGAUAUCAUCACUAUUUCUAGAAGAAGAAGAAAAAGAACGGGAGGACGGAACGUUAAGAUACGAAUAGACCGAGGACGCAAACUCUCAUUAACAGCAAACAGACACUCUCCACAUUCAUUUCCCUUUCAAGCUUCAGAAGGUCUUGUUCUUUCUUUUCAAAACCCCAUCCAAUGCAAUAUCUUGUGCUAUUCAGUCUAUUACUUGAUCAUCGCUUACUCUAUGCAGCACCAACACUCAAUACUAUCAAACACGAUAAAUUUGCCUUCAAGCUCUAAGGAGACCACAUGUUCUGUAACUAUUGUGACACUGAUGAGGUACAAGGAACACAUGCAAUUUGAAUUUCGAUCUGCGUCAUUCAUCACUAUACGCGUCUACUCACUAUGCCUGGUGUUGGUGUCUGAUGGUCAAGCUAUCUUCUAA